AUGGCUGAUAUGAUGCAUUGGAAUCCAGAAAAACGACCUACAGCAAUUAGUUCGCUUAAAUAUCGUUACUUUUUGGUUGGAGAAAAGUUAAGCAUCCCAACGUUCAGUCAUCCGUCCACAUCGAAUAGGAAGAGCAGUGCAGACUCAACUCUUUCUGAUACACGUGUGGUGUUAGGCAAAACAAAAAUACUUCCGAAUGCUACGGAAGCGAAAAUUGAUGCUGUAGUACGAAAUAUCAACAGAAAUUUGCCCAUUAAUAAAGUUUUGGUUGAACCGUCAAAGAGAGACUUAUUGCUUGACAAGAAUAGUCGCACAAUUUCUGGUGUUAUGAUGACAAAAGCUAAAAUACCAGCUAAAGAAUUAUAUAUGUCACGAUCAAGAUACAUGCCUGGCACAAUAAACCACCAAAAUGUUAAUGCAACGAAAGUCAAUACCAAAGCAAAUCCAGCUAAAUCGGCUGUACAAGCCAGAUUUGAAUAUGCAUACGGAUAUGUGCCCUCAUUUGGAGUGAAGAAAAAUUUAUCAAAUAAUAAUGCAAAUGCAAAGCCAUCAGGAAGAAUAGACUGGACAGCAAAGUAA